UUGCGUCGUUUGGCGCCAGCAGGGUUUUCGCGGGGAAGACCGAUCACACCGCUGAUGAAAAGACAGCAUUUUAAACGUUUUUAAACAUUAUUCGUUAGAUAUGACAACAUCAGUGGUGUCCUGCCACUAAUCGUCAUCUCUUCUUUUUAAAGAUUAAGGAUGAUGGCAACUGUAUCUCUUUGCGGUGCCAGUCUCAUUCCUCUUCUGGACUCUCUGGAGGACACAGCAGCUGGACAGCCAGAGCAGACAGAUGCCUACCUCACCAUUGUCAACCGUCUGAGUGGUGAGGAGGGGCAGCAAUACCAUGCCGUUAUCGUCAAGCACUUUCCCCGCCUUGGUAAAGCCAUUAAGGCUCACAUCUGCAGUGACAAUGCUGAGCUGAGCCAGGCGGCUCUGCAGACCCUGGGCCUCUGUGUCUUUUACCCGCACAUCGUCGCUGCCGUCCCAGCCAACUUUGCAGAAGAGACCCUCACAAAGCUUACUGAACUUGUGGUGAAGUCGACUGAGAAGAACACCUGUACUCGAGCACUAUGGGUCAUCUCAAAGCAGAACUUCCCUGCAGAUAUCAUUGGGAAGAAGGUGCCUGCCAUUGUGACUGCUCUGGAGGCGGUGAGGAACAGGGAGGACAUCCAGUCCGUUGUCCUGGAGCACGAGGCAGUAAAUGUCAUCAUAAGGUUAAUAGAGCAGGCUCCUGCCCAGAUGACGGAUACUGCGGUCCAUUGGGUGAAGCUGGUGGUUCCCCUGGUGAUCCACUCUGCCUCUAAGGUGCGUCUCCGUGCUGCGGCCGCCCUGGAGAUGGGCCUGCCCCUCAUCCUGGAGAAACAGGAGGAUGUGGCCGCCGUCGUGGAGCCCAUGAUGUCAACGAAAUUGAUACCAGAACUGCAAAAGCUCUUCAACAAUAAGAAUGAGACCAAUGUUCUUAAGCUCUGGACCUUAUUUGUGAAGAUUCUUGGAAAGGUGCUGCAUCGGGGCGGUUCCUUCAUCAACUCUCUUCUCUACCUGGAGGAGAUGGGGUUCCGCAGCUCCUCGCCCAGUGUCAAGAAAAUUGCCUUCUUCGCAUGGAAGAGUCUCAUCGACAACUUUGCCCUUAAUCCUGAGAUCCUGUGCAGUGCUAAGCGUCUGAAGCUGCUGAUGCUCCCGCUGGUCUCCAUCCAGGUGAAGACUGAGCCGCUUCUCCUGACCAAGAUCAAUGUGUGGUGGUACCUGGUCGUCAAGCUAGGGCCCAACCUGGGAACCAACUUCGAACAGGUUGGCAUUGCACUACUCCAGAACACCAUUCCCCAAGAGGUCGCAUCCCCCUCAUCUACCUCCGCGAGCACUCCCUCCCGAAGCAUCACCCAAAGAAGCAGUUUCGCCCUCAACACCCCUAAAGCAGCCACCCUGGCGAGCAGUGCCAGCAGCCCGUCCCCAGCAUGCCAGACCUCGGCCUCCUUCCCUUGCGUGCAGCUGCUGGGCCUGGAGAUCCUCCUGCACUACCUGCUCGGGCCCCAGGUCCCUAGCCUCGCCACCAAGACCAAGCUGCAGCUCUGCCUUGAGCCCCUGACGCAUCCUCUUCUGACGAGUACCUCGUUCUUCACCAAGCACUCCUCUGUGUUCCUGACCUAUGUCAAGAAUGGCUUCAUGGCAGUUGGCAAAGACUCUCCAGGAAUGCUUCUUCACAUCAUCUGGAAGAGCCUGGUUACUCACGUGUGCAAAACUGUAGAGGCAGGCAAUAGCAAGAAGGAUCGUCAGGGAUGUGAGGCCUUGACAAUGCUGCUGCAGUCCCUACGGGAAGUGCUGUUGUCUGAGGCCCUGCCUGCCAAGCAGACCUUGGAUCUUUUGGAGACCACCGUCAAGGGCAUACCAAAGAAGGUCCUAGGCUCUGCUGCAUAUCAAGUGGGAGACAUGGACAUUUUGAAUGGAACCCCAGCACUUUUCCUGAUCCGUCUCUUCUUUGACACCAAGUAUCUGCCAACGUUUGUGGAAGAUGAGAAGUUCUUCCUGAGCCUGGAGACGCUGCUAUCCUGUGGGCUGUCGGGCCCCACGUCUCCCCUGGCGUUUGCGGAGGCCGUGCUGGAGGCCAUGAGCCAGGACACGGGCGCCGUGGCCAACAAGGAGCACCUGUGGAGGAUGUGGAGCAUGGUGGUCAACCCGCUUACCGACACGGUCACACAGUCAAAUGAAGUUAACCAGGGGGAUGCCUUGGAGCACAAAUUCAGUGCCAUGCACAGCGCCUUGAUGUUCCCAAUAUCCUACCUGCUGCCUGGCAAACCUCUACCACAGAUGACCCAAAAGACCCUGCUGAGCUCCUGGUCCCGUCUGUACAUGGUCUUCGGCCGCUGCUCUGCCCUGGUGGCCACUGCUGAGGAGAAUGCGUGCUGCGAGGAGCUGUGUGGCAAGAUGGCUGCUGCCCUCGAGUCAAAGGCUAAAGGGCUGGAGUUAGAGGAACCUCCAGUUUUGGACGCUGUUAUCAACAUCCUCCACACAAUGAUUGAGAGUGUUGACUUUUCUCCAUAUACCCCGCAGUUUCAACAGAAGAUGAAAUCUCCUCAUACUCCCCUGGGCUGGAUAAGGAAGAAAAACAAAGCACUGGGAAACCUGUCCACGUUCCAUACACUUCUGGUGCAGUGUCUUGAGAAGCUUUUAGGCUUGGACUUGUCCAAAUUAGCUGCUUACAGCUCUGGUACUACGCUGCUCGGACUUGGAACUAUGCUCUUCAACAUUGUGUCCAGGAUCUUCUCCAACCUCGCUCUUCCCACGGUUAUUCAGGAGGCUUUCUCGCUUCUUGCUCAGCCUUUGGCACAACUUUAUGUGCUUAUAGGAAGCACUGAAAAUGAUCCAAGGUCCAAAGCUUACUGCUCCGUUCUUGCACCAAAGCUGGAGACCCUCCUUGCGGACGUGUUGAGGAGCUUACAGUCGCGUUCAACACUGCAAUACGACGACGAUCUUCUCUCCGUGCUGAGCCCUCUACUCUGCAAGGUGUUCCUACACAAGAGCAAGCAGAUUCGCUCCCAUACCACCCAGUUCUGGAAUGCAACGUUUGCAAAUUCCCUUGUUCUCAGCUACCCAGAGACACUAAGGCCAAUUCUAAGCAAGGUGAAACAAAACACCCCCAUUAUCUUACCUGGAUUUCAAGCUGUGGAUGUACCAGAGGAUGUCUGUGGGCAGUACAGCAGUGAAGGCUCGCAAAUUGAAACCAGGAUCAGCGGUAUGACAGUGACACCUGGGAACAAGCGAGAGUCUUUGAUGAACAGAGCAGCCGAACCGAAAACUUCUACAACACCAACCGCCAAGCCUGUAUCCGUCAAGCUUGAUUUUGGAUCGUCAAAGUUGCCCCGUCGGGAGGUACUGGAGGAGGAGGCCUCUGUAGACUUUGUCUUCAUUCCUCCAGAAACAAAGGAGAGAGUGUUGACUGAGCAUCAAAAGGAAGUGAAAAGGACUAAAAGGGUUGAUAUCCCGGCUAUGUAUAACAACCUUGAUGCUUCCCUGGACACAACAACUUUCACCCAGUACACUCAAAGCCAGGAGGAAUCCAUGGACAAAUUGCCUGCAGAUGAGCAAACGGCCAUGGAAAAGGACAAGACUUUGCCUGAGGCCUUAAAAGAAAACACAGAUGCUGCAGUGUCUCCAGCUGUGAAUGAAGACCAGGCUAAGGACCAGGAUAACGGUGGAAGCCACAUGGGCGAGGCAGAGGAAGAACCUACAACUGAAAUGGACACCUCUCUUCAAGGCGAAGAAGUCCCAUCGGCACCUCCUGAUGUUUCCAUGGAGGAGGAUGGUGGACAAGAGCAAGAUGUUUCAAAAGAAGCCAAUGUGGAGAAGACUCCUACUAAAGACGAUAAAGAGGACGGUAGUCCCAACGUUUCUGGGUCAUCUGAUGUAAUCUCUGGCACACCUCAGAAAACGCCCAGUAGUAGUAGUCGUCGGCAAUCUUUCAUUACCUUGGAAAAGUAUGCUGACGGCCGAGCUGCUAGCCCCAUCAGUGUUUUUAAGUUUACUGGUCCUCAUGUUAAGAAUGUAGACAGCCAAGAAACACCAAAGUCUGCACGUAAUUCGCAGUCCAGCCAAGCUGACGGGUUGACUGACAAGGACGCAUCACAAGAACAUUUAAAAGGUGCGUCUGUUUCAAAGGAUCCAGAGCCCUCAAGUAAGCACACCCGAGAAAGUACUGAGGAUGAGGACUUCAUCCCAGAUACCCAGACAAAGGUCCAGAGUGAUAAUGUGACUGCCAGUGAUGGCCCAACUCUUAUAGAAGGGAAGGGAGAUAUUGAAACAGACUCUCAGUCCUCUGCAGCUUCCUCUCCAACUAAUCCAAGGCGGUCUGGGCGUCAGAGGACUAAGCCUGGGGAAGAGCCAGGGGAGAAAGAAGGUAAGGGUAGUGAACGGGAAACGAGGUCAGCUGCUAAUAAGGAAUCUAGUGUUUCAUCUUCUCAAGAAACAAAUAGCCAAUCUAAGGGUAGACCGUCAAGAAGAAGCAAAGGUGCUGAAGUGGAGAGUGUUGAUACUGUGAAGGGCAGAAGAAGUCUCAGAGGUUUAGGUGAAAAUAGUCAAAGCAAUUCACAAACUCCAGAGACUGAUAGCCAAUCGUCGGUUCGAAGCAGAAGGAGUCAGACAGAUAUACUUCUUGCUUCCCAAAGCCAAUCGCAGGAUUUGCCUGGAAGGAGAACCAGGUCUGCCCCUGAAACAGACUCUCAAGUGUUAAAUGGUGAAGCUCAGUCACCAAGCAGACCAGUUAGGACAACGAGACGGUCUGAAACUGCUAAGUCACAGGACGAAAGUCAAAGUCAAACUGAGCAGGCUACAAGUCAGUCAGACAAAGGGGUUAGAGGUCGACCUGGCCGAAGGAGAAAGCUUGCCAAUGACGAGGAGUCCCAAAACGCUCAAAUGGAAAGCUUCAGUGAAAGCCAGGAACAGUCACAAGUACAACGUGGAUUGAAAACACGGAAGUCAUCACAGCCAUCUGCCAGUGUUGAGAACUCUGAUACUGAAGCGUCGUCACAAGAUGAGCUCCAGAAACCUAGAAAGAGAGGACGAAAGCUGUAUUCUAUGAAUGCAACGCUAACUCAUAGUCCAGUAAAAAGUCCACAGGUGAACAUUUUGUCAGACAAGGUAGAGACUCCAGAACAUCCUGUUGGAAGUGAAGAUGUUCAAAUCACAGAAAUGUCUAAAUCUACAGCAUCCCAAGAAAGCCCUUCAAAGGCUUCCAGUAUUGUCACUGGCGACCAAAUGGAGCAAACUGCAACUGAGGAAAGGAAUGACUCUCAGGAAGAAGUAAUGGACACACAGCAAGAGGACAAUGAUAAAAGCAGCAAAAAGGAAGAAAAACAACAGGUGCAAGAAGUCAUUGAACCUGCGGUGAUGGAGGCACCCAAAUCGAGUCCCAUUUGUACUGAUAUUGCCAAAGAAGCAGAUCCUAAAUCAAGUGAUGUGAUUGAGGUUCCAGCAGCCAGUCAAGUCUUGAAUAGUCAGAGUAGUGAACAGGAGAAGGAUGUAAAUGUUGAGAACAUCCAUUCCACCCCGGAUGUGGUAAAGCCUGUUUCACAAGGACCUGACUCGCAAAGUGAUGACUGUAAAACAGAUAGCGCAGGGGAAACCAGCUGUCCAGUCCACAGUAAUAAAAAGCCCCGCAAACGUGGACGCCCAAAAUGCACAUGCCAUCUCAGUCAAAAUUCUAGUGCGGUUAGCGAGGGAGAAUCACAGGAGGACGACAGAAAUUCAGAAGUCAACAACCUCUCCUCUCAGAGUGAAGAAAUGACCUCAGAAGAGCUGAAGACGGUUGAGGAUAAAACAAUUCUGCCAGAACCUGAGAUUUCGGAGACUAAACCUGAUAUGUCCUCUCCUGUAUCACAACCCAAUGAAAGCCCAGCCAUGCCAGAGCUUCCUAUCAAGAGUGAAGGUGAGGGUGCUCAGAAAGAGGAGCCUGAUGUUGAACCACAGAAAAAUGAGGUGGCUUCUGAGGUGCCGGUUGAAGGAUCUGAGCUUGUCGGUGAUCUGGUAAAACAGGAUGACGAAGUGCCACCUGCAGAGCCGGUAGAAACGGCAAAUCCUGACAAGCAAGAAGAAAACUUGGAAGCGUCUGUUGUCAGCCACACAGAACUACAUGGGAACGAACAAGAUGUCACAACUAAUGACGAUGAUGGAGUUGCACCUCUUGGUGACGACGCACCUGAGGCAGAGGAAGAAGAACUUGAAGUGAAUAAUAAGGAAGACCAAGUGCCAGUACAAAUGGAGACCUCUGAAGCAGCUAUGGAGACUACUGGACCACCAGUAGCAGAGACCGCAGAGCCUUCGGAACCUCUAGAAGCUGCUGCAGACAAUGAGGUGUUCUUAGACUCUCCCGUCAAGCAGAAGUGUGUUGAUGCUGUUAGUGAAGCAGCGGAGAUGGUGGAGAGUCCCGGCAGCGGGAGGACGCGGGGAGUGUGGUCACCAUCUGCUUCCCCUUCCACUAGCAUCCUCAAGAAAGGCCUGAAGAGACCCAUUGAGGAGGAAUCUCCUUCUCCUCUCCUCAAGUCUCGGCGAGUGUCUUUUGCUGACCCAAUUUAUCAACAAGAGUUGGCGGAUGACAUUGACCGCCGUAGCCCCGUAAUCCGGACAAGUUCACCAAGACCUAAGACCAUAGGUGGUCAGCCAAAGUUCAUCACAACACCAACGAAGGGAUUAUUGAACUUCAGUCCACGCAACCUCAGAAGUCCUGGAUACAAGAGCUCUAAGAAAUGUUUGAUCUCGGAGAUGAGCCAGGAGCGCAGGCCCAUUCCUAAGGACUGCGUAUACCCGGCCCUGGUCGGCUGCUCGACCCCUGUGGAAGCUGUACUACCACAGAUCUCUGCCAACAUGUGGCCACGUGGCUUUGGGCAGCUUGUACGAGCCAGAAACAUCAAGACCGUGGGAGACCUCAGUGCUCUCACACCAACCGACAUUAAAGCCUUGCCCAUCCGCUCCCCGAAGGUGUCCAAUGUGAAGAAAGCACUUAAAUCAUACCACGAACAACAGCGAAAGGUUCGUUGUGAUGACCUCAAAGGCUUUGAUGAAAUGGAGAAAAUGACGUCAGAGGCCGAAGACCUGGAGCUAUCCCAUAAUCAGGAGGAAGAGAAGACCCAAGCUGAAGCACAAGCAGAGGUGAUGUCGGAGGGCACCUCCAUAUCUGAAGAGCUGCAGGUGGAGGAGGACCAGCAGCAGCCUCCGCAGCAGCAGGGGGAGGAGCCUCAGCCAGAGGGCCUCCUGCCAGACAUCCAGGCCUUUGGGGAGCAGGUCGCCCGCUGUACCCCAGACCAGCUGGCUGGGGUGCACGACCACCUGAGCAGGAUGAUGAAGACUGUUGUGGAUCGCCUCGUGGUCACUGCCAAGAGUGGCAUGCCUUGAAGUCAGCACAAUGCCUUUUUACCUGAGGUUUUUUUUUGUCAGUUUGUUUUCAUUUUUUAAAGACUUAACGUUGGGGUUGGAGAACUUAACAUGAUCGUCCAAGGAACUUGGGUUGCCUCGGUUCACCUAACCUCCCCAGCCAGCGGUGGAUUGUACAGUAUUUUUUUUCUCUUUCCGUGUCCGUGACAACCAGAUCAGUGACUUCACGACAGAGCACAUGGACCUGAAUGAUGCCUUUUAGCCGUCUUUUAAAUCAUUCCAUUUUAGUGGAUGUAUAAGCUGGAUGUGUCUUGUUUUUUUAACUUGGUGUGCACAGUCUUAAGAUAAAUAAAGCUGAAAAUAAAGGGAUUACAUCACA